AUGGACCAAAACCCCCAGAAUAAGAGAAGACGCCGGUCUUCAAUAACUCAGCAACUUCACCGAAUCUUCAACGUUGACAGGCAAGAAAUUCGAGAAUCCUGGCCUGUUCCUUCAAAUGCAAGUGCAAGAGCUGCGCCUGGUCAGCAUCAGCAGUAUAGGAAAGAAGGGACCGACACAAAAUUAUACCACCAUGGCCAGUACGACAAUCAGUCUUCUCACCACCCUACGAGGGGGAGCCCUGAUCUGGGCGAUUUGGAUUUCGCCCAAGCAUAUGGUGCGGCGUCAGGAGAACCGCAACUGCGGUCUAGACGCCAGAAACCUUCAACGGGAUGGGAGCACGCAGUAGAGAAUGUCCAAGGCUUUUCUGGCACGCCCGAAAAUGCUGUUCACUCUAUUGAAAAAUCUACUGCUCGAAAUGGGACCAACACCGUCUCACAAAAGAAGGACAAACGCGUCACGCGACGCCUGGAAGCAGAGAGGAUAGAGCUUGAGAAACGACUCUUGAAGCUCGAACAGACACAAUUGGCAGGGAACCAUAAUUCACUGAAAAGGGAGUCUCGUCGCCUGACAAAGAAGCAGCCCCUCGGUAGCUCUAGCAGGGGCUCUAGUGUGAGUGCUGAUGAAUCUCGGCGUUCUUCGAGGCGUCUUUCUGGCUUGUUCUCAAUUUCCAGGCGUACAUCAACGUCACGAUCAAGCUCUGUAAAUGGCAGGAAUGGCGAAGAAUCAACAGACAGCGCACCUGUUCCAACGAAAACACCGGCGGACGAUGCUUCAACUUCACGGGUCGCUAAACCCUCUUUAUCCACAAGUUUGCCGGAGCGAUUUAGUGCAGUAAUAUCAAAAGGGUUAAUUGUUGGGAGCAAUGCUCUGCUUCAAGACCAAACGUCGCCGGCGCAUUCGCCAUCACCACCAGCGACCACAGCUGCAACGAACCAAUCGGAGACACUAGAGGCGAACGAAGAACGCUCCUUACAGAAGCCUGAGCCAAUCUUAGACGAUGCAAAGCAGCAGAUCGGCAAUCAUGGCAAAUCGUCAAAGUCACGUAGUUUACAGACGUCGCCUGAUUUAGACCCGAUAUCGUUCGCAGCGACUCUGCACCUCGCAAGAAGGGCUCGAGAUAACGAUCAGCUCCAGGGCCGGUCUCCAGACAAGGUUCAGCACCCAUCGCUUGUCCAGAGGGAUGUAACACAGAAUGAAAAACUCGACGACUCGCAAGGUCUUGGGUCAUCGAAGACGGGCGCAGUUUCCCAACCGAACCCAAGUACAAUUGGCAACACAAGCAGCUUACCAACUAAGGUAUCAGUUAAGUCUAUUCCCAGGAGAACUUUCAAACCAUCCCCCCUUGCAGGUGACUCGACAACGAGUGGCAGUUCUCAGUUACUCGCUGGAAAUGCCAGCAUUUCGCGCUUGCACAAUUCGGGAGGAUCCAGCGGCGCGAGACGGACUCCAUCCUCCCCAUUGGUGACGGUUGCAACGCGCAUGUCUCCCGCUGUGGGAUCUUUGCAAGUCUCCCAACUUUCAAUCAAUAGCCAACCGGAGACAGAGAGGGAAGGUAAGGCACAAGAUGCUGCCUCUGAGCGUACGCGCAAAUCGAACAAUUGUGCAAACACGCGUGUCUCGAAAGAACAAGAAGCCCUUGAUUACGUUUCUUCACAACAUGCACGGACUCGUCAUUUGACUCAAACCUCAGCACCGGUUUCAAACCCCCCACAGCUGUCUGUGAAGUCACGAAUUCAGGCUUCAGCAAAUGACAAGAAUAUUAAUCGCCUGAGCUUGAAACAUAAUCGCCAAGAAGCUCCAGCUAUUCUUGGUGCCUUAACGGCGAGGGUCAACCAGGAUAUUCCUCCACUGCCAGAGCACAAAUCGGGUAGAAGACUUAAUGCCCAGGAAUUUGCAACACCAGGCAGCGCAUCUUCACGAAGCUCUUCUCCAGAGCCUUGUUCGGAAGACUAUAAUACUGCCGAUGAAGCUGGAUCGAUAAGAUCUGUACCCAGAGGCCAUGAUGGCUGCUUGAAUGGUAAGUCUGCUGCAGCAUCUGGACCAUAUUUUGUGCAGAAUACGAUUGAAUCGAACAAUUCCACCCGUGUGAGCAAAUUCUCAGAUGUCGCGGUAUCCAAGGUGGGCGACCAUCAAGGUGACAGAUACUUGUCCAGUCCCUACCAGAAAUGGCCCGACUCUUCUUGGUCGCAGUUCAUCUUUCGCACGAAAGACGAGCCGAAGAUUAACUCGCAGUACCCAGAUUAA